GAUGCGAUGUGUGUUGCUGGCAUAUAGCGGCCUAUAAAAAUCGGAGACGUGAGUCAUGUGAAUUCACCAGAGAACCAAUAAAACUACUACUACUCCACAAGUUUCUCAUUUCGCUAAUAUCAGAAUCCACAUUUCUUCUACGAUCCAAAAUUUGCGAAGAUGAACGAUGCAGAUGUAUCAAAGCAGAUCCAGCAGAUGGUCAGAUUCAUCCGUCAGGAAGCUGAAGAAAAAGCCAAUGAGAUCUCCGUCUCCGCCGAAGAAGAAUUCAACAUUGAGAAGUUGCAGCUAGUGGAAGCAGAGAAAAAGAAGAUCAGACAGGAAUACGAGCGUAAGGAGAAACAAGUUGAUGUUCGCAAGAAAAUUGAGUACUCCAUGCAACUCAAUGCCUCUCGAAUCAAGGUUCUUCAAGCUCAGGAUGACUUGGUCUGCUCCAUGAAGGAGGCAGCAUCAAAGGAACUUUUAAAUGUCAGCCAUCACCACAACCACCAUAUCUAUAAGAAGCUUCUGCAAGCUCUUAUUGUUCAGAGUUUGCUCAGACUUAAAGAGCCUUCUGUCCUACUACGUUGUCGGGAAGAUGAUGUUCCCUUGGUUGAAGAUGUCUUGGAUGCAGCAAAGGAAGAGUAUGCAGAGAAGUCUCAAGUUCAUGCACCUGAGGUCAUAGUUGACCAGAUCUACCUUCCACCAGCUCCAUCACAUCACAAUGCUCAUGGCCCUUCCUGCUCUGGAGGAGUAGUUUUGGCUUCUCGAGAUGGGAAAAUUGUAUGUGAAAAUACACUUGACGCCAGAUUAGAAGUUGUGUUCCGUAAGAAGCUACCAGAGAUUCGCAAGUGUCUGUUCGGUCAAGUUGCUGUCUAAUACUACAUGAGAAGCAUUAGCAUUUUUGCUCACGACUCUUGGGAUAUUCUGAAAAUGGCACCUGCUCGUAUACUAUUUCCUUUUUUCUCUGCACUGUUGUGCUUAUAUACUAUUAUAACGGACUCAUGUUAGAGGGAUAUUUUCUUCAACAACGUUAUAUUCUCGUUUUCAAUGUUGUACAAUAAGUGUUAAGUUGCUGGAACCCUGAGUUUGCUGGGUCGAGAGAAUAAAAUUAUUCGGAGUUGAUGGCUCUCCAUACUUUAUCAAUAGAAGUAUUCGCAUCUCUA